AUAAAUAUACGUUCUGUGUCACAUACGUCGACUCGGCGCAGGAGUUUGUUUGUCUUCGUGUUAACGAAUAACAAGGGCACAGUACAAUUUCUGCAGAUCAAAGUCUAACUAAAAAUAAUUCUAAAAAAAUAUUAAAUUUUAGUGCCACUACUUUGAAAGAACAACCUUGCAAUGAAUCCCAUAACUCAAGUGAUACGUGCCACCAGGCCGAUUUACAGAAAGCUGUCGACAACAGCUCCCGUCGCAGCUGCUAAGCCCAUGCCUACAACUGGAAUGUGUUUUGAGCUGAGCGAGGAGCAGAAGGCCUUACAAGAUUUAGCUCGCAAGUUCACCAGAGAAGAAAUCGUGCCAGUAGCUGCCCAGUACGACAAGACUGGGGAGUACCCAUGGCCCAUCGUGAAGAAGGCAUGGGAAAUCGGUCUAAUGAACGGACACAUCCCGGAACACUGCGGGGGCGUUGGAAACUUUGGGGUACUGGAUGAGUGUAUCGUAGGCGAGGAGAUGGCAUUCGGAUGCACAGGAAUUACCACCGCUGUUGGAGGCACUAAUUUAGGACAAAUGCCUGUUAUUAUCGCUGGUAACAAGGAACAACAGAAGAAAUACCUGGGCCGACUUGUCGAGGAACCCAUCGUGGCUGCGUAUUGUGUCACCGAACCGGGCGCAGGAUCUGAUGUGGCCGGUGUCAAAACCAGGGCCGAGAAGAAAGGAGAUGAAUGGAUCAUCAAUGGACAGAAAAUGUGGAUCACUAACGGAGGGGUAGCCAACUGGUAUUUCGUGCUAGCACGAACCAACCCCGACCCCAAGUGCCCUGCUAGCAAGGCGUUCACCGGAUUCAUCGUGGAGAGGGAUUGGCCCGGAGUCACCCCUGGACGCAAGGAACAAAACAUGGGUCAGCGUGCUUCGGACACCCGUGGCAUCACGUUUGAAGACGUUCGUGUACCCAAGGAAAACGUUCUCAUUGAAGAAGGUGCUGGCUUCAAGAUUGCUAUGGGAGCGUUCGACAAGACUCGCCCACCGGUAGCAGCUGGUGCGACAGGUUUGGCCCAGCGAGCCCUGACUGAGGCCACGAAAUAUGCGUUGGAGCGCAAGACAUUCGGCGUGCCCAUUGCCCGGCACCAGGCCGUCGCCUUCAUGUUGGCUGAUAUGGCCAUCGGUGUGGAGACCGCGCGUCUUGCCUGGAUGAAGGCCGCUUGGAUGGCCGACCAUGGUGUGAGGAACACAGUGCUCGCUUCGGUGGCGAAAUGCCAUGCCUCCGAGAUCGCCAACAAGGCGGCCGCAGACGCUGUCCAAAUCUUCGGAGGCAACGGUUUCAACACCGAGUACCCUGUAGAAAAGCUGAUGAGGGACGCCAAGAUUUACCAGAUCUACGAAGGCACGUCACAAAUCCAGAGGCUCAUCAUCUCCAGGGAGAUCAUUACAAACGCCAUGCAGACCAACUAAAUUAAAGCGAUAACGUUACGUCGCGUAUAAAGGAUUUCCAUUAUGUUUUCUAUUUUUAAGUUAUGUAAUCAAUCGAUAUUAUUUCAAUAAAUUCAUAUUUAUUCUCCGUAAAAGCCUGUGAAUUGUACAAUUGUGAUUUGCAAAAACAAGAAACUGUUUUAUAUUUAUUUAUUACCUAUGCACAAAAAGAGGUUUUGAUAAUAUAAUUUUUGACAUUUGUAAAUGGAAUCAAUUAUCAAGUACAUAAGUGAUUGUUUACAAAAUCAACAAAAUCAAAGUAGUAAAUAAAGUGUGAAUGUUUGUAAAUUGUAAAACAGAAAAGGAACUGUUCUCAAUGAAAGACUAUACUUAUAAUAAAUAAAUAGAUUCUCCAAAAAAUCAUAAAAU